GAGGGGCAAAGCUGUCCGAUUCGACAAGAGAACUACUAGAGUAGUAAACGACGGCUGCGGCGUGACUACGCUCGCAAAUACUGCACGGACACAACAUCACAUGCAGACAUUCCUCCGAUAGGGCUCGUUCAAUACAGCACAGUACCUGCUGCUUGUAGCUCCGAUUCAAACCGCGAAUUCCACCCCCCCCUUCCCUUACCAACGCACCGACGUUUUUAGAGCGAACAAGAACCUGAAAGCCAUGGCAUCACGCCAACUCCGGGUCUUGUCGCUGCCCUCCGGCAUCACAAGAGCUGCCUUCUCUGCCAGCAAACCCAGGUUUCAAUUCUCACCCAAGCUCCCGAGCACCACAAGAAUGUCAACCAUUGCGGCCUUCAAGAUCCCAAAAGUGGCCAACGAGCCAAACCAACACUACGCCAAGAACUCGGCACAGAGAGCGGGUUUGACGUCGGCCCUCGAGGCCCUGCAGAAGAAGGGGGCAUUGGAAGUGCCACUGGUCAUCGGCGGGAAGGAGGUCAAGACUUCUUCCACGGGGAGGCAGGUGAACCCGGCUGACCACCAAACCACCGUUGCCGUAUACUCGCAAGCAUCGCCGGAACAUGUCAGGACUGCCAUCGAGUCGGCGCUGGCCGCCAAGGCCGACUGGGAAUCCCUGCCCUUCGCGGACCGCGCCGCCGUCUUCCUCAAGGCGGCCGAUCUGAUCAGCAAAAAGUACCGCUACGACAUCAUGGCGGCCACGAUGCUGGGUCAGGGCAAGAACGCCUGGCAAGCCGAGAUCGACGCCGCGGCCGAGCUCUGUGACUUUCUGCGCUUCAACGUGCAAUACGCCGAGGAACUGUACGCCCAGCAGCCGGUGCACCACUCGGCCGGAGUCUGGAAUCGGGUCGAGUACAGGCCGCUAGAGGGCUUUGUCUACGCCGUCAGCCCCUUCAACUUCACGGCCAUUGCCGGCAACCUCCCUGGUCUCCCCGCCCUCCUGGGUAACGUGGUGGUCUGGAAGCCCAGCGACUAUGCCAUUGCCAGCAACUGGCUGCUGUACAACAUCCUGGUCGAGGCUGGCCUGCCGCGGAACGUCAUCCAGUUCGUGCCCGGCAACCCGGAGGAGGUGACCAAGGAGGUGCUCGCCCACAGGAAGUUCGCUGCGCUGCACUACACGGGCAGCACGGCCGUCUUCCGCAAGCUGUACGGCCAGAUUGGCGCCGGGGUUGCCGAGGGCCGUUACCAGUCGUACCCGCGCAUUGUCGGCGAGACCGGCGGCAAGAACUUCCACCUGAUCCACUCGUCGGCCGACCUAGAAAACGCCGUGGUCCAGACGGUCCGCGGCGCCUUCGAGUACCAGGGACAGAAGUGCAGCGCCACCUCGCGCCUCUAUGUCCCGGCCUCGGUGUGGCCGAAGUUCAAGACGCGCCUGGUCGAAGAGACCCAGAAGCUGGCAAUCGGCGACCCUCGAGACCACAAGAACUUCAUGGGCCCCGUCAUCCACGAGGGAUCCUUCAAGAAGCUUUCCGGGGUUAUCGACGAGGCCAAGAACGACAAAGACCUCGAGCUGCUCACGGGCGGCACCUACGACAAGUCCAAGGGCUACUUUGUGCAGCCGACCAUCUAUCUAGCCAAGAGGCCGGACCACAAGCUCUUCUCUACCGAGCUCUUCGGCCCUAUUUUGGCGGUCUACGUCUACGACGACACCAAGGACCCCGUCGGCGCCUUCGCGCAAGCGUGCGAGCUGGUCGACACGGCCAACGAGUAUGGCCUGACCGGGUCCGUGUUUGCGGCUGACCGGGCGGCGGUGCGCUUCGCCGAGGAGAAGCUCCGCAACGCCGCGGGCAACUUCUACAUCAAUUGCAAGAGCACCGGCGCCGUAGUGGGCCAGCAGCCGUUUGGCGGCAGCCGGGCAAGCGGGACCAACGACAAGGCUGGCAGCAUCGCAAUCCUGGGGCGGUUCGUCAGCAUGAGGAGCAUCAAGGAAGAAUUUAACGCCACCACCAAGGUGGAGUACCCUAGUAACGAGAUCUGAUGGCUCGGCGAGUCGGGGCACGGGACAGGAAUUGUGGGAAGAGAACCGGGGUGGGGGGGGGGGGUAAAGAGGAUAAGCAACGAGCAGGUGAAAGAUCGAUACCAGGAUGGCGCUGGAGGAUUAGCACCAGAAGACUAACACCGGACGGAACAAUGAGCGAUGCAUACCUGGGAGUUAAAAAAGGUGAUAAUCUAGGUUUCUUUUCAGGCCGUUCUCCCUUUUUUUUCUCUCUUUUUUCCCCGAAAUCAAGGCACUGUUCUCUACACGCACGAGGACCAGAGGAAGCCCCCGGAUGAUUCAUGUGGGACGGCACACCGCGGAACCGGGCCCAUGGCCGACGCGUGAGCAAAGCAUUGGACAGGGCGCGGCCAUGAUCGGCGAGUCCGCAAGGUUCCG